CUGGAAUUUGGGGGACGCCCACUUUCCAUUCUGGACAUCAGCUUUGCGCUUCACCCAUCUUGACUUUGACUUCGACGAGAGUGUCGUAGACAGCAACCUAAUAGCUCUCUUGGAUCAAGACAACAUCAGAAAAUCUCUCAAAGCAACUAGGCCGACAAUCACCUGAGAAAAAAAUCCGAAGAGACCCACUAUCAUGUUUUUGGACACCAGAGUUUUACGCCAUCUCACGGCAGAAGACUGGAGAGUCUUGACUGCCGUUGAGAUGGGCAGCAAGAACCAUGAGCUCGUACCGACCCCUCUGAUUGAGAGAAUUGCCCGUCUCAAGGGCGGUGCCAGCGGUGUUCACAAGAGCAUAGCGACCCUUGCCAAGUCUGGCCUCAUCGGACGCAUGAAGGAGGCCAAGUACGACGGUUACCGACUGACCUACGGCGGUCUUGACUAUCUGGCCCUACACACCCACUCCUCGAAAGAUGUCGUCUACAGCGUUGGCAGUCGUGUGGGUGUCGGCAAGGAAUCCGACAUCAUGAUCGUAGCCGACAAGACCGGCAAGCAGAAAAUUCUCAAGAUCCAUCGCCUAGGCCGCAUUUCCUUCCGUACCGUCAAGUCUAACCGCGACUACCUGCGCAACCGGCAAGGCGGCUCAUGGAUGUAUCUCUCGCGGCUCGCGGCCAUGAAGGAAUAUGCCUUCAUGCAGGCUCUCCAAGAAGAAGGCUUUCCCGUUCCCGAACCGAUUUCCCAGUCCCGACACACUAUCGUCAUGAGCCUGGUCGAGUCCCUACCACUUAGACAGGUCUCCUCGGUUCCAGACCCCGCGAGCCUCUACGCUGAGCUUAUCGACCUCAUCCUUCGAUUGGCCAAGCACGGGCUCAUCCAUGGUGAUUUCAACGAGUUCAACAUUUUGAUCAAAGAAGAGCGGACCAACAAGUACACGAUCGAGGACGGCGAGGAGAAGGAGACGGAGACGGUAACCCUUGUCCCAGUCAUUAUCGACUUCCCACAAAUGGUGUCUAUGGACCACGUAAACGCCGAGAUGUACUUUGAUCGCGAUGUCGAAUGCAUCAAGAGGUUCUUCAAAAAGCGCUUCCACUUUGUGCCCACACAACCUGGUCCUUUCUUUAAGGAUGCUAAGAAGACGGUUGGCAAGGAUGGUGCUAAGCGGUUGGACGCCACUGUGGAGGCUUCAGGAUUUACCAAGAAGAUGCUCAAGGAACUGGAGAAGGCUAUUCAGGAACAACAGGCGAAGAUUGAUGCGGGUGAGGCUGUGGAGGAAGAAGAACUCGACGAGGGCGAGGAUGAGGAGAAUGAUAGCGGAAGCGAUUCAUAUGAUGAGGAAGAUGAGGAAGAUCAACAAGAGGAAGAGGAACACGCCGUGUUCGAGAUUCCGGCAAAUGUUGGAAGGCCUUUGUCAGAUGUAGAGAAGGGGCUGGAAAAGUUAUCACUUGGCGGCAAGGGCGGCAAGCGAAGGGCUUGAAGCACAUUGAGAGGAGAAAAGAAACGCGUUCCAUGUCAGCUUUGAGAUACCCCCAAAUUCCAUGCAUUUCUAUCAAACAAAUUCGUACUAAGACGUGCCAAGUAGGCUUUUGAAAGCUUUACGCUUAUCAGUUUUUUUUUUGCAACCCAUAUGUUGAUUAUGACACCCUCCGCAAAAGCAGUUU